AGAGUCACGAGACUGGGAAACUUGGAAGAAAAGAUAAAGGCCCUUGCCUUUUCUCUGCUAAGUCUGCAGUCCCUGUCACCUCCCUUUCAUUUCAAUUAUGAGGAUUUCCAUUAAACCGUUAGUUGGCGAGUCACUAUCUCUUGAAGUUGAGGCUAGUGAUACCGUUGAAAGUGUGAAAGAGAAAAUACAGGACAAAGAAGGAAUCCCACCUGAUCAACAGAGACUGAUAUUUGUUGGUAAACAAUUGGAAAAUGGUCGUACACUCUCAGAUUAUAACAUUCAAAAUGAAAGUACUUUACAUUUAGUACUUCGUCUUAGAGGUGGCAUGCAAAUAUUUGUAAAAACUCUGACUGGUAAAACAAUUACUCUUGAAGUUGAACCUUCUGAUACUAUGGAGAAUAUUAAAGCAAAGAUACAGGAUAAAGAAGGAAUCCCACCUGAUCAACAGAGACUCAUAUUUGCUGGUAGACAAUUGGAAGAUGGUCGUACACUCUCAGAUUAUAACAUUCAAAAAGAAAGUACGUUGCAUUUAGUACUUCGUCGUCGAGGUGGCAUGCAAAUAUUUGUAAAAACUCUGACUGGUAAAACAAUUACUCUUGAAGUUGAACCUUCUGAUACUAUUGAGAAUGUUAAAGCAAAGAUACAGGAUAAAGAAGGAAUCCCACCUGAUCAACAGAGACUCAUAUUUGCUGGUAAAAUAUUGGAAGAUGGUCGUACACUCUCAGAUUAUAACAUUCAAAAGGAAAGUACAUUACAUUUAGUACUUUGUUUUCGACAUGACAUGCUGAUAUUUGUAAAAAUUUGGAUUGGUAAUGAGACUGGUAAAAUAAUUUUUCUGCAAGUUGAACCUUCUAAUACUAUUGAGAAUGUUAAAGCAAAGAUACAGGAUAAAGAAAGAAUCCCACCUGAUCAACAGAAACUUAUAUUUGCUGGUAAACAAUUGGAAAAUGGCCAUUACACACUCUUAGAUUAUGGCAUUCAAAGGGAAAGCACACUUGAUCUAUUGCUUCCAGAUCAUAUGAUUAUUAAUAUCAAAGAAGUUGAUGGUAAUGUAGUUACUGAUGUUAUCAUCAAUUCUUAUCGAAAUAUUGGCUAUAUUAAAGCAGACAUUAAAUCUAAAACCAAUAUUCCUUACGAUGAACAAAGAUUGACAUUUGCUGGUAAACAGUUAUCAUUUGGAAGAACUUUCUCACACUACAAGAUUAAAGACGGAGAUACACUGCACCUUGUACCACGACGUCCUGGCCACACAAUAUUUGUUGAAACAAAAAUCUUAUUCUCUCCUACGAUCACUCUUAAAGUUGAUCUUACUGAUACCAUUGAGAACGUUAUGUCACAGAUACAGGAUGAGAUAAGGAUUCCAAUUGAUCAACAGAAACUAAGCACUCGUUAUCGUAAGCGAUUAGACAAUUCUCUGACACUGUCAGAUUAUAACAUUGAAAAUAAAUCUAUUCUGUAUCUUAACCAUUAUCACAGAGGUGGUGAAAAUAUUUAUAUCAGAUCUGUUACUGGUAAUAUAAUAGUUAUUGAAGUCCUACCUACUGACACUAUCAGUGAUUUAAAGAGGAUGAUUGAAGAUAAGGAAAGAAUCUCACCUACUGAUCAAACCUUGUUCUAUGCUGGUCAACUACUGGAUGAUGCCUCGACUUUAGCAAGUUAUGAUAUUCCAAUGGAAAGUGUGUUAGACCUUUUCAUUCGAUCCAAUCCUAAUCCUAAUAUGACUAUAUACGUUAAAACUUUGACUGGUAAGACAUUUGAACUUAACGUUAUCUACUGCAAUACAAUUGGUAAUGUAAAAACAAAAAUUGAAGAAACGGGAGGCAUACCAUGCAAUCAACAGAAGAUAAUAUAUGAUGGGAGGCAACUGGAAGAUGAUUACAUUGAAGACACACUUCUACCUAAUAAGAUUAAAACACUCUUUGAUCAUGGUAUUAAAGAUAAAAGUACAUUACAUUUAUUACUUCGUCUUCGAGGUGGCAUGCAAAUAUUUGUAAAAACUCUGACUGGUAGAACAAUUACUCUUGAAGUUGAACCUUCUGAUACUAUUGAGAAUGUUAAAGCAAAGAUACAGGAUAAAGAAGGAAUCCCACCUGAUCAACAGAGACUCAUAUUUGCUGGUAAAGUAUUGGUAGAUGAUCGUACACUCUCAGAUUAUAACAUUAAAACAAAGGAUACAAUAGAUUUACAACACAAAGGUAUGGAGACACAACCAUUAAACCACUAUAAGCUACUUACCUUUUAUGAACACACUCCAGCCACCAAAAUAUGGAAUGUACACUUUGUGGUUACUAUGAAUCAUUUCUAUGACAUCAAAAAGGCAAUAUCUGAGAUGAGUGCAAGGUCAUGUAUUAAAGGUGAUUCUGAGAUUGUGUUUUUAUUUGAUGAUCAAGGAGAAAUUGUUUUUAACAUUAAACCAUCAAUAAUUAAUGGAUGGGCACUCCUGCUGUUUCAAACACCUUGUAAGAUUUCUAAAACAGAUGUUUGUUCUAAUGGUGGUCUUAGUAAAGUGUCUUUGCGUGUUGAAGCCCCACCUUAUUCCAAUAGUUUCACUCACAGCAUUACUAUUACUGGGACAAGAGAUCCAUCAUUGACCUCAUCGCUAUUUGCAUGGAUGAGGCUGAAGACUAAGCAGUCAAUUGUAUUUACUUGUUCAGAUACUUCAUUGCUGCUUCCUGUAGUAAGACAAGAUGAUCAUGGAGCCAGGCCUCCUCCAGUUGUUGCUCCUAAAGUUAGUGAACUGAUGGAAGAAGUUGCUGCUAAAGCUCCUAGGGAAUGUAUGAAUAUUGGGACAAUGCUUGAGAUUGAGCAGCAUGUGCUUGAUGGUAUUAAAGUUCAACAUAGUUCUAAUUUCAUGGAAUGUUAUCGUGCUGUUUUUAAUCACUGGAAAGAUACUACUCCACGUCCUUACACUUGGGCUACUAUUGUGGAGGUUUUAGAAUCAGGUGUAGUUCAAAGAAAUGAUUUAGCAGAAGAAAUUAAAAGAAAAUAUUUAAGAAAGUUUUAACCAUAAAGUUUACUGUAUUGUCCAUUAGUCUGUGUGCUUUAGUCUAGUUUCAUAAUUUAGUUUUACAGAUUUUUUGACAAAGUUUUGUAUUGUUAAAUAGUA